AUGGAGAGCAACCAGCAACUUCCCCAGAUGAGAGCUUUUGUUAGUACAGUCACGAUCGGAGAGGAGAGGGAGGCACGCACUCUGGAGGAUGCGGUCAAGCUGCAGAGCCAACAGGAGCAAGCCUGGACACAUCUCCAAAAACAGAAGUCAGCCAUGGCAGAGCUUUUUGGAGAGACCUUUGUCAGCUUAGAGAUGGACAGCAAGAAUCUUUCUGUCAUCAUCAAAGAGGAGCGUGAUGCCUUGUGCUGCACUGCAGAGGCCCGCGUCGCCCGCCGCGCAACUUUGGAGCUGUUUCCCCGGCAACCAGGGUGUCUGAACAUGGAGAGCAACCAGCAACUUCCCCAGAUGAGAGCUUUUGUUAGUACAGUCACGAUCGGAGAGGAGAGGGAGGCACGCACUCUGGAGGAUGCUCUAUGGCAGCCUCUCAUCAAAAGCACAGAGGUGGAAUGUGUUCACAGCCACAAGUUCCUGGGCCUGGAGGUUACAUCUGACCCGAGCUGGACACGGAACACAGCUGCUGCGGUGAAAAGAGCCCAGCAGCGCCUCUACUUUGACCAUCGCCCUCUCACUCAGGCCUGUAAGGGACUCAUGGAGAGCACGGGUGUCAGUGCGGUACGGAAAACACCACACAGCAGUCUUGUUGACUCGGGGACUUUUUCCCAUCUGCCAGAGGAUAACACACCGCUGUCUUCGAAAGAGACAAUCUACAGUACACACAAGGAAGAGCAGGGAGGACCAUGGGGGACUCCAACCACCCAGCUCAUGCUCUACUCAAACCCUACAACUGGCUCUACACUACAGGCUGACACACAGAAGAGCAGGCAGCACUGA